GGUUCGAGGCGAGGGCAAAUAAAAAGCUGAGCCGGGCUUUUAUUGCGAAGGAGCCGGAAUUAGCUUCGUUAUCUGUCUCGCACGUAGCGGGGCUCGUCAACACGGACUCCGGAGAAAACCGGUCCGUCUCCCCGGUCCGAGAACAUGUGAGGAGGAGGCGACACCUCCAGAAACUAACGGGGAACCAAACCGUGUGUUCGCCGGCUGUUCCGACUGUGGUCACACACGGAUAGGAAGGAGGGAUGCCGGUGGAGAGUGGGAACAGCGCCGCCGCCCGCCAGGCCAAGCAGAAGAGGAAGUCCCACAGCCUCUCCAUUCGCAGGACCAACAGCACCGAGCAGGAGCGAUCAGGCCUGCAGAGAGAGAUGCUGGAGGGACAGGACUCCAAACUGCCUCUGUCUCUGAGGAGCAAUCUUCUGGACCUGUUCAGCCAGAUCGAGAGGGAGUUUGAAAACCUCUACAUAGAAAACCUGGAGUUACGCAGAGAAAUCGAAACGCUGAACGACCGAUUGGCUGCAGACGGACAGACUUUCGAGGGGGCGGAUUUAGCCAAAGGAGCACUUAAAACAAAAGCGAGUCAUAGCACAAGUCAGCUGUCACAGAAACUGAAGACGACCUACAAGGCUUCCACAAGCAAAAUUGUGUCCAGUUUCAAAGCGACCACGUCCAGAGCGAUCUGCCAGCUGGUCAGGGAGUACGUCGGCCACAGAGAUGGCAUCUGGGACCUCAGCGUCACCAGGACACAACCUGUGGUGCUGGGUACAGCCUCUGCAGACCACACUGCGAUGCUGUGGAGCAUUGAAACUGGGAAGUGCCUCCUCAAAUAUCUGGGUCAUCAAGGAUCAGUCAACUCCAUCAAGUUCCACCCCACUGAACAGAUGGCUCUAACAGCCUCCGGAGACCAGACAGCUCACAUCUGGAGGUACAUGGUUCAGCUUCCGACUCCACAGCCUGUUGCUGAUAUGAGCCAGCAGACACCCUGCGAAGACGACGUGGACUUUUCAGAUAAAGAUGAGGCCGACGGCGAAGUCGAGGGUCCGAACGAUUGUCCCUCUGUCCGCGUGGCGACCACCACUCUGCGAAGCCAUCAGGGCGUGGUGAUCGCUGCUGAUUGGCUGGUGGGGGGCAAACAGGUGGUGACGGCGUCCUGGGAUCGAGCCGCCAACUUGUACGAUGUGGAGACGUCAGAGCUGGUUCACUCACUCACUGGUCAUGACCAGGAGCUGACCCACUGCUGCACACACCCCACCCAACGUCUGGUGGUCACCUCGUCCAGAGACACCACCUUCAGACUGUGGGACUUCAGAGAUCCAUCCAUCCACUCUGUCAACGUGUUCCAGGGACACACUGACACGGUGACGUCCGCUGUGUUCACGGUGGGAGACAACGUGGUGUCUGGGAGCGACGAUCGAACCGUCAAAGUGUGGGACUUGAAGAACAUGAGGUCGCCCAUAGCAACCAUCCGCACCGACUCGGCUGUCAACAGGAUCAGCGUGUCGGUGAACCAGAAAAUCAUCGCUCUUCCUCACGACAAUCGGCAGGUCCGACUGUUCGACAUGUCCGGGGUGCGACUGGCUCGACUCCCGCGGACCAACAGACAGGGUCACCGGCGCAUGGUGUGCUGCUCCGCCUGGUGUGAAGACAACGCCUCCUGCAACCUGUUCAGCUGUGGCUUCGACCGGCAGGCCAUCGGCUGGAACAUCAACAUCACCGCCCUGCUGCAGGAGAAGUGACCUCCACCUGUGAGCUCACAGUGACUCCACCCAAAGUUUGUGGUGUUUGGAGACAGUGACCUGUAAACUGAAAAGGCGGCUGUCAAAGGUUUAGUGUCUCUCCUGCUUUUGUGUGUGAGAACUGAACGUAAUUCGAGCAACGACUCGAUGGAAAUGACUCCUCACAGCCAUCUUUUCAAGCCUACAGAUACUCCAUGCUACCUGGGAAGGGAGGGAACCGAGGACUUGCGCUAGCUGACCUCUGCAUCUGUCGCAGUCUCGAAAUCACAGCCACGGAAAACAACGGUUUGUUUUCUGUGUGGAAACGAUUCCACGUCAUUCACAAACAACAAAAACCCAAACUGAUGAGAAAACCAACGAGUUAAUUUAAAGUUUAUUUCUGGAGUUAAUAUUCGAUGACUGGUUGAUUUGAACUUUUCCUUCCAAGUUUAAUUCCAAAAUGUUCUGUGUGGCACCUGAGAUUCACAGCGUAAUAUUUAUAAUCCACAUUUUGCUAAAAGCUUAGAAAUGUGUUAACGCACAUUUAAAAAAAAAAUACCAGUAGCUGUUACAGUUUUUCUUGUUGAACACAAGAAGAGAAGAGAAAUUACACUUCCCUCCUUUAAGUGACUGAUGAUGGACCUGACAUUUGUCUGGUUCUUCUUAAAUUUAACAAAAUGUUUAUUAGGUCAUUUCAGACUGUGAUUAAAGAUGGACGACCCUUCUCCACCAGGGUGCCGCCAUCUUGGGUUCAAUCAUGACGUCUCAGCACGUUUUAAUACCUUCAACUGAUCGAACAUCAGAGCGAUUAGAACUUCCUAAAAUGACAGGAACCAAAAUUUUAACUUUUAAAAUUAAAACAUCUGGGCAGGCGUCUCGUCGUAGUUGACGAUAUCAACAUGAUCAGAAAGUAGCAGUGAUUCGUUUUUUAGCAGAUGUGUGGAGAAUGAAAUGCUGUGUCAGGUGGAGGACGGUAGAUUUGUUCAGGACUUCAACUAACAAAAAUAACACAUUUUAUAAUUUAAUCAAAACUAAUUUCUCUU